AUGAGUUUUGAUUCGACUUCGUCGUUAGCUUCUGUCAGUACGGUAAAAGUCCAUCCACAUCGAUCGUUAACCGUUGUUUCAAAUACAAAUUUGACGGAUGAUUCACAUUUUCAAACUGUUUCUGUUUAUUUAUAUUCAUUUAAUCCGGUUUCCUAUGAAGAUCGGAUUAGUUUUGAUUUCCAUAAAUGGGCAACCACCGAGGAGCUUAUUGAGAAGGUUCUGCAACAAAAAGAAGAACUGGCGCAUCAGUGUGCUGAUGACUACGAACUGUACGAAAUUAUGGGUACACUCGACGGACAGACAUUUAAAGAGCGAAGGCUUGACCGGGGCGAGUAUCCGGUAGCUGUACAAAUGUUGUGGACACGACCGAUGCAUGGCGAGAACAACGAAGCUGCGCCAAAAAAUCGCUUAGUAUUGAGGCACAAGGAUUCAUCAUUGUUAUCCGAUGGUGUGCAUUUUGGAUCCACGAAAACAUCCAGUACUAUCGAUUCAUUCUUAGCUAAAUUCUUGACACAACUUCAGGACCGUGAAUAUCCAGAUUUAUGCAUGCUUCCGGAGCUUACGGAACAAACGUUACUUGAUAAUCUUAAGGAUCGCUUUGCUAGUGGACACAUCUAUACCUAUAUUGGGCCAAUUUUAUUAGCUGUUAAUCCUUUCAACUUCUUUCCAAUCUAUAAUCCAAAGUAUGCUCGGCUCUAUUCUCAAAUUCGACAUCUUUCCAGCAUGCCACCACAUAUUUUUGCCAUUGCUAAUAUUACAUAUCACAGUAUGUUACGGAUUAAAGAAAAUCAGUGUAUUGUGAUAAGUGGGGAAUCGGGUUCCGGAAAAACCGAAUCAACAAAUUUCCUGUUACAUCAUUUCACCACACUCAGUCAAAAAGGUUCCAGUACCGGAAGUUCUGUUGAAAAAACUUUACUUUCUGCUGGACCUGUACUUGAGGCGUUUGGAAAUGCGGUAACGGUGCAAAAUAAUAACAGCAGCAGGUUUGGGAAAUUCAUCCGAGUGAAUUAUCGAGAAAAUGGAAUGGUCUCAGGUGCGAAUGUUGAAAUUUACUUGUUGGAAAAGUCGCGAAUCAUUUCACAAGCUAUUGGCGAAAGGAACUAUCAUGUUUUUUACUAUCUAUUAAACGGUGCAUCGGACGAGGAGCGACAAAGACAUUACCUGAUGCAACCAACCGAUUACAGCUACCUUAAUCAGAAUAAUUUUUAUGCAGCGGAGGGAGUAAACGAACCUUACGAAUAUCAAAGACUCAAAUAUGCUAUGGACGCUGUCGGCUUUUCACAACAAUCCCAACAAAAUAUGUUCGCUGUCAUUUCGGCUGUAUUGCUUCUUGGAAACAUACAGUAUGUCAGGAGAAGUGGUUAUCAUAGCGACGAGAAUGUCUCUAUUGGUAAUGAAGAGGUGUUAAGCAUCAUUUCAACAUUAUUGCAUAUCAAAGCAUCGAACCUACAACAAGCCUUAACGAUGCGCCGGACGGUGAUGAAAAACGAUGUUGUCAUCUCGCAGUAUAAUGUCAGCGAAGCAAGAGAUACGCGUGAUGCGAUGGCAAAAUGCCUCUACAAUGCUUUGUUUCACUGGAUAGUAUUACGCAUAAAUCAAGCGUUGCUGAAAAAAGAACGACUUACGUCAAAGAUGGGAUAUUAUAUUGGUAUCCUGGAUAUCUUUGGAUUCGAAGAUGUUGGUGGAAAGUGGAAUUCAUUCGAGCAGCUCUGUAUCAAUUAUGCAAAUGAACAUCUGCAGGCUUACUUCAAUCAGCAUAUCUUCCAAUUCGAGCAGAGCAAACCGUAUGGCAUAUUACGGCUGAUUGAUGAGGAAAGUAACAUUAACAAUGGAACGGAUGAGUCAAUGCUCGACAAACUCAAUCAUUUCCUCAAGAACAACGAAUAUUAUGAGACACCUCAGAAGCGCGAAUCGGCCUUCAUUGUGGCCCAUUAUGCGGGAAAAGUGAAAUAUCAGAUUAAGGGUUUUCGUGAGAAAAACAAGGAUUUGAUGAGACAAGAAGUGCUAAUGGCAGUAAAGAAAAGCAAAAGUGCAUUUGUUCGAGGACUGGUUGGAAAUGAUCCGGUUGCGGUGUUUCGAUGGGAUAUAUUACGAGCAACUUUCCGGGCGAAUGAUAUUUUCGAAAUUAAUUUGAAAUUUAACUUGUCUACAGAAAAUACAGAACACUUGGAGUUGUCAAGUGAUAGUAAGAGGACGUUAACUGGGGUUGCUUCGGACACGCAUCUAAAUGCUUUCCUACGCGGUGAGAUAAAUCAGGAAGUGGUGCCAUCAUUUUGCGAUACAUCGUUUUUCACCACAAUUGUUAGCCACGCUCGAAAACAACCAAAUGUACAAGUAGAAGACUGUCACAGCUCUCUGAAAAGCUUACAGGCAGUGAAGGCUUUUUCGGAGAAGAAAAGCAUCACCGGAAAGCCAUCUUCCGUCGGCAAACAGUUCCAGAAUUCGCUGUCGCGACUGAUGAAAACAUUGUCUCAGGCAACGCCUUAUUUCAUCAGAUGCAUCAAAUCCAACAACGAAAAGAUUCCAAACCAUUUCGAUGACAACAUUAUUCUGCGACAGUUGCGUUAUACAGGUAUGUUGGAGACUGUACGGAUACGUCGAGCUGGUUAUAGCGUUCGUAUUGAAUAUGAGGAUUUCAUUAAACAAUAUCGAAUUCUUCUACCAAAAGGCUGUGAAAGUAGAACGGAAGAUGUCAAGGAAUUUUUCACACAGCACGCAUUGAUUGACAGUAAUGAAGUGCAGUUUGGAAUCACCAAAGUAUUUAUGCGUGAUGCUGAGAAGUUAAUUCUGGAUGAUCACCUUCAUCGGGUAAUCAUAAAACAUAUCGAAACGUUGCAGAGAUGCAUUCAUACUCUCAUGACAAGGCGCAAAUAUAUCAAAUUGCGCAACACCGUUAUUGCAAUACAGGCAGCCACUCGCGGGAUGAUUGUAAGAAAUCGUUUACAUGAAAUGUACGAUGCAGCUUCGAUGAUUCAGCGAAACUGGAAACGCUUUAAGAUUCAGCGAAACUAUCAGCAAAUCCGACGCGCUGUUGUCGCUAUACAGGCUCAUUAUCGUGGUGCCUAUGCUAGGAAACGAUACGAAGAAAUGAGGAGAGAAAGCGACCCAAAGAAACAUCCACCAAAUUUCACAAUAACAAAGGUUGUAAAAAAAAUGGGAUUAGCAUCAUUUAAUCUGAACGACCCCGAAUCCCUGGCGCAAUUUGCUGGUUCGGAUGAAGAUGAGGAAGAGCUCUCAGUAGCAUCAACAAAUGUCAGUAUUCUGGACGAGGAAGAAGAUGGACAGGAGGACGCUGAAAGCAAUCGCAGUUCGAUUCAGUUCGAUAGUGUUCAGUCGGAAACCGAGCUCGACGCAACAUUCAUACUGGAAGACAAGAAAUUGAAACUGGUGGAGACACCACGAGAUUCAUCAAUUUUUAAAAGGCGGAUAAGUUCAGCAUCAACCGGGACAACUAAAAAGAUGAAAAUGUUUCGAAGAGCCGCAAGCACAGAGACCGAUCGCAUCUCAAUUCCCGAACAUAUGUUACCUUCGAGUCCGGAAAGUAAGAGCAAAAGCAGAAAGAUGGGUUUCAUGCGAGCCAAGAAGCACUUGAAAGCAUUUUUGUCACGACGUAGUGACAGUUUUGUGAGUAAUGGUGAAUGUCGGGAUUUUAUUGCUGCAAGUACGACACAGAUCGAAGCGACGAAAGCGCCUGCCUCAGUGGUAGCGAAACACAAUUUAAAACUCAGUCGACUGCAUCGUAAUGAAAUUUGUACAUUGUGCAAUAAGAAUUUCACAGAUUGUAAAUUAUCAUUUCACAAAGAGUGCUCGUCGUUCGCGUCGAAUAUUCCUUGUCAAGUAAUCACUCAAUCACUUCGUCCACAUAACAUGCUGCCGAAGAAGGAGUGGGAAAUAAAAUCAUCAUGGCCACACAAGCAAUCAUUUGCACCACUCCUUCUUCACCCGACUAAAUCCUUCAAUUUGCAUAAAACUAAACAGCAGACUGAUCCGAGCGAUAUGAUUAUUGAAAGUGACAGCGAUCUCAGACAGUUCAAUGUAUUCAUUUUUAAAAAAUUGAUGAAAUUGGGAGAUAAUAAGAAAAAAAGGGACACAAAAAUUGAUGCAAUUUUUAAGAAAGCCUUCAAGGAAUUCCAUAUGGAAAUUAUUGGCUAUCAAGCGGUUGUCACUGAAAACAAAACAAUGCUGAAAUAUCACGAUCUCAUCACUAUUUUUGAGGGUUCGUUGACUAAAGUUUCGGCACAAGAACAGGUUACAUUCCCCACCACGCUCGGUGUAAAUGCAUUUCGCGGAUUUCUGAAUGAAUUCCUACACGAGCAAAUAAAAAUGAAGAAAUCAAGCAAAAAAUCAAAUGUCCUUGAGAAUUUGCAAUCUGGCGGACGAUUUUUUGGUGCUAAUUUAAGCAGUCUUGUGAACGACCAAGAAACAGUUCCAAUUGUUAUCGAUAAACUUUUCAUGGCUAUUGAACUUAAGGCUCUAUUUGUUGAAGGAAUUUAUAGGAAAAGUGCAGCACUCGCACAAGUACGUAAUGCACGUCGAGAAAUUGAAAAUGCAGAAUUCGAAACAUUAUCGUUUGAUGACGUCUCAACGCAUAUUAUGACAACUUUAGUAAAAUCGUUUUUCCGUGAGCUCCCGGAACCUCUUAUCACUUACGAUCUCUACGAAAAUUUUCUGAAUGCUUCAGAAGUAGAAGAAAGCGCCGAACGAAUAAGAUGUUUGAGCGUAAUAGUAGAAUUAUUGCCAAAAUGUAACAGAAGUGUUUUGGAUCGACUGUUGUAUCAUUUGGCACGGGUUGCUAAUCAGGAAUCAGUAAACAAAAUGAGUGCUGCAAAUUUGGCACUUAUCUUUGCACCUUGUAUUUUGCGCACUAAUCAAACACUGCGUGCGCAAGAUCAACUACGAGAUGUUGAAAGACAAGCUAUCUGUGUACAAGCUUUAAUCGAAGAGAAAUUAAGGCAGUUCCGCUUAAUGUUAACUGAAAUUGUUUCACUUGAAACUGCUAGCGAAAAGAUUGUUGAGAAUUUGCGCUUAAUCGACGAGCACAAAGGUUCAGUUGAGGAGGAAAUUCAGACGUCGAGUGAACAUUUCGCGACUGCUCGACAGUUAUUUGUGGAACAGUUGGAAUUUUUGGAUGGCGAAAAAGAAAAGCUCAUCCAAGAACUGCCACCAAUGGCGCCGGUAGCGUCAGUGGAAGAUCUUUCAUCGUUGGAGGAGUGCAGUAAUUCAGCAUUGCUGAUCGAGGAGGAACCUCAGGAAGAGUAUGCUCUCGAUCUCAAUGCUCCUCCAAUCUUCAACACUUUGAAGAACGCAACGAAGUCCCGCUCACGGGGAUCACCAAGACGUCCACCCAGUCGACAGCAUAGGCGGUCCAUGUUUGAGAAGCAUUUCCCGGUGAAAUUCUCAUAA